AAUUUUUUCAGUGACGUGAACGAUUCAACUUUUUAUAGAUUUGUGAAAGUAAUGGAAUAUUUUGAAUAUUUCUACUUCACGUAGGUUAUAAUCGCGUUUAUUAUGGAAUCGUGUUUAAUAUAGGUAAUAUAUAUUGUACGGUGAAAAUAUAAAUCUUCAACUUAAAGGAGCGUAGACUUCAAGUACGGAAUAUGUCCAACAAUAACUUUUGGGGUAAUUUGGAUUCGUAUUCAAACUUGCAUCAGCAACCAGCUGAAACUUCACAACCAAAUGACGAAUGGAGUUGUAGUACAGAUGAUUGGAAUUAUAUUGAUCAGUCUUCAACUAGUAAAAACACUAAUUCACAGAAGUUUAAUUCUACUUUAAAUUCAGAUUUAACUCUGAAUAGCUAUUCUAUACCAGAAACUCAUGAUGGAACAUCUAAUUCUCUAGUUAAUUCAAACAGGCCAACCUAUAAUUAUAAAAACGGAAUUGAAAAUGAACAACAUACCUUUCCUGUUAAUAAUUGGUUCAAUAAACCUGAAAGUCAAUUUGAACAAAUAACUAAUGUCCAAAAUAUAUUUGUUAAUCAACAUACUGAUAAUAAAAAAAKUGACAAUAUUAUUGAAACUGAGGACAAUUUCUGGGCAGAUGUUGAAAAUAGUGAAAUUCUUCCACCAGAAUCAUUUCAGAAUGAAUCACUUCAACUUUCAAUGAAUAAUUUACAAAUAAGUAACGAGGUAAUACCCUCCAAUGUAUAUGAGAAAAAUGUGAGACAUAAAGAUACUGAAAUCACAAAAAACAAUUUUGUAGAAAAUGAUGAUGAUAGACCACCAGUUGGACUUGAUCGAUUAGUUACUGGUCAAACAAAAUCAUUUGAAGAUUAUUCUAAUCCUGAACCAUGUGGUCCGCAACCAUUUGAUGUCAGAACAGUACUUGGCCAAUUAAGUGAUGAUGAUAUUCCUGUUAAACGACAUGUAAUAGGUUCCCAAAUUGGAGCCAGACCAAUUGAUAACAAUUCAAAUUUUCAAAGUAUUGAUAACAAUUCAAUUACUUUAAAAAAGCUUCCGUCUUUAGAACAAUUUCAAAAUCAGUUUGAAGGUCAUUCUCGACAAGUUUUACAUAGGGAUGUUGAAGAUUUUGUUAACCAAGCUAAUGAUAGUCAAAAACUGGAUGAUUCAGCUAGAAAUACUUCUGAUAUUGAUAGAAAUGAAUCAAAAUCAGAAAUAAAAGAACCUAUUACAGUCAUAAAGAAAAGUCGCCCAAAAAAUGAUCGCGAUGAACGGACUGGUCCAGAUGGUUAUAUGAAUGAAUCAAGUCCAUACUUACGGUCAACCACUCAAAACCAAAUAAAACCUAUAGUAGAUUCCCAACAAGAUAAUAGUCUAAAAUUGACAACUUCCACUCAAUCAGAAAGCAAUGAAAAGUUUCAAGAUUAUGACAGAAAUGAAAAGCGAGUAGAGAAAAAGCAUUCACUACCCCCGCCUGGGUUUUGUAGAAUGGUUGAAGGUAAUAUUGGAGAAGAUUCUGUUCAAAAGUUGAACAGGAUGCCAAAAACUAACCAAAAAAAUGACGAACGACAGCGACGACAUUCAAUUGAUUCAGAUUCAUCAGUUCCAUUAACUAAUCCUGUGUCAGAAGAAGGUCUUAAGAGUAUCCGAAGAGGGCCCCAACAAAAAAAAUACAAUAAAAAUUUGGAGCAUUUUCACAAUCGAGAUCGAAGACAUUAUCGACAUCCUAGAGAGAGUGAAGAAGAUUAUUUUUAUGAAGAGGAGGAAGAAAAUGCUUCAUUGAGUCCUGAAGUAGAACCUGAAUAUCGAUCACACCGCUCUCGAAACCAUCCACCCAAGCGAUACAGACAAAGAAUGCUUAAUGAAAACUACGACCACUCGGACACAGAAUACCAAAGUGAAUAUGAUGAAUAUGAAAGGCGAAGGCGAUAUAGGAGUCCAGAAUCUGAUCGAUAUAGAAGACAUCCCAGAAGUUAUCGUGAUAGAAGAUACCAAGAUGAAAUGAGUAGUCAAUAUUAUAGAAGAGAAGACAUCAAUUAUCGUAACAGACCUUCUAGUAGAACAGAUUCAGAUUAUCAUAGAAGAUAUUCACCUGUACCAUUUCAAGAUUAUUCAGCUCAUAUUGAAAUGCUUGACCCAUUAGAAAGGAGGAGUUUCCUUUUAAAAUUCAGAGAAAAUAACCCUAAAGCAUAUACUGAAUGGUACACAAAUUAUAAAGCCAAAGUUGAAAUGCAAAAAUUGAUAUCAAGAACUAAAAAUGGUUCAGAAUGUAGUACACCAGUAUCUACUACUUCACAUGAUGUAGGACCUUUAAAUCAUAUGGCUAGACUUGAAAAAGAAAAUCAUCGAACUACUCCUCCAAGAUAUCAAAAGUAUCAUGUAAAUGUAAAAAUGAAUAUGGGUUUUGGAAAAUUAUAUGUGUUGGACUCAUCAAAUGCAACUAUAGAUGUUUUCAAAGCAAUGCCAGGAUUGGAUAACGUUGAUACUGCAGAACUUUUCAGAUUUCCCACUCCUUUUGUAUUAGGUAAGACACACAAAAAUGCUGUGGCUCAGUAUUUGAAUAAACUAGCAGAUGAAGCAUCAAAUAAUUCAGAGCGGCUGUUGUACGAAUUAAUUUGUAUGAUAACUAAGCGUAAUGGAAUAGUUGAUGGAACUGAUAUAUCAGAACUUUUAAUGGAAAACGUAGCUAAAUUCCCAGUUGAGUGUAUAUUAUUUGAUAGUAUGAGCUUAAAGGAUACUAAGGGAAUGUCAGUCAAACCAUUAAAUAAUUUUAGAGAAUUGCUUUUACAAGGCAAUAAAUCUGAAGCUUUAGAAUUUGCUGUAUUAAAUCAAGACUGGGGAUUUGCAUUUAUAUUAGCAUUAUAUAUGGACUCAAAGGCAUUAAAUUAUGUUCGAUCUAAAUAUUUCCAAACGAUUCCACUAAAUGACACUUUGCAAACAUUCUUCCAACUUAGUAGUGGGAAUAUACCAUCAUGCACAACUUGUUGUACAGAUAACAGCUGGGGAGAUUGGAGAGAACAUUUAGCGAUGAUUUUGAGUAAUCAACAAGUCAAUAUAAAUAAUGCUCGUAAUGCCACCAUUCAACUUGGGGACACUUUAAAUGCUAAAGGUGACGUGUUUGCUGCUCACUUUUGUUAUUUGGCUAUACAGAUACCAUUAGAAUCAAUUGGAUUAUCUUCUAAGUUUACGCUUUUGGGUACAUCUUCUGAUAAAGUAUUCAAUACUAUGGUURCAAAUCGUGCCAUAUUAUUAACCAGUGCUUAUGAGUUUUCAAUGCGAUUAAAUCUGAGCCAUUUUUAUAUUUCUAGUCUUUUGCCUUAUAAAUAUUUGCUGGCCAUUCGCUUGGCUGAGUAUGGAGAGUGUGAAAAUGCUUUACAUCAUUUGGAAGCUAUUGCAACACAGUUGAUAUCAUCACCUGAACUGGUUAAUAUGGGAUUUGUAGCCAAUGUUGUGGAAUUAAGUACAGAUUUGUAUUACAUGCAAGUAUCAAAUAAUAAUUUAUCUGGAUGUAUUGAUGCAUUGGAUUGGUUAGAAGAAUUAAAACGUAUUUUAAUGAGUUCUCAAAAUAAUUAUAAUCCUGUAGAACGCAUAUCACCAAUACAACAAAUAGACAAUUAUCAAUCACAUCAAAUUGAACAUUCUGUUGUACCUAAUGAACAGCAAACUGUUCCAGAUUCAAGUAUUGAUUAUUCUAUUAAUUACCAAACACCUCUUAUUCAAGCACCACCUAUUCAAGCACCAUCUAUACAAACUCCAACUUUUCAAGUGCCACCUAUUCAAACACCUGUACAAACUGUUCAACAGCCACUUCCUCCUCCAGUGAACCCUUAUUGGCAGCCAAAUGUCGUUUCACAAUCAACUGAUCUUCUACCGCCACCUCAAAAUGAAUAUUCACAAUACUAUGAUCCUACAUCAAUGGUUAUGACUGGGGAAGUAACUAGUCAUAAUAAUCCAAAUGAAAUGACUUCAGAAAUAUCAACCAUCGCUUCAGAUCUCACUUUAAUGGCUGAAUCAGAAAAGACAAUAUCAACAGAACCAAAAUUUGGAUUUUUUGAUCGUCAAAUGGCUGAACUAGAACCUAAAGUGUCUGGUACAGUUGAAAAAAAAUCGCAAAAAAAAAAUUUUGCAGACGAUAAACGCCAGCAAAAAGAAAAGAAUUCCUGGCUCGGAGGGUUGACUAAAUUUUGGAAGCCUUCAAAUAAUAUAGAUUCUACUGGAGAAAAUUUUGGUGCCGAAGAACCAAUUCAACAACAAGCUGCCCCUCCUUUAGAUUCAGAACUACAAUUUAAUCCAGUAGCUAAUAGUUCACCGGCCAAUCAAAAUCAUAACCAAUUUAAAAUUCAAAGGAAGCGAGGUGUAAAGGAUAUGUAUGUAAACGUUAUGAGCAACAGUAAACCAUCAGAAAAUACAUUAUCUCCAGAUCCAAUAUUCCAAAUAAAUCAAACGCCCACUACUAUU